UAGUUUAUUGUGGAUGUUUGGCUUGUCACCUGCCAAAUGAGGACGAGAAAACUAGUUGGACCACCACAUAAUGGAGAACAGCAACUUUCUUUUAACCGGCUCGCCCAACAGCCGGGAAUCCGCUCGCACGUCCUCAGGCGUUGUUGGAAACCCUGACUUGGCUGCAGGAAUUCUCCUGGCCUCACCCUCGAUAAAAUAAAAUAAAACCAUAUUUAGCUGGACUACUUCCUUUAGUUUAUUGUGGAUGUUUGGCUUGUCACCUGCCAAAUGAGGUCAGUACUGCUACUGUCUGAUGAUACAAGGACGAGAAAACUAGUCGGACCACCACAUAAUGGAGAACAGCAACUUUCUUUUAACCGGCUCGCCCAACAGCCGGGAAUCCGCUCGCACGUCCUCAGGCGUUGUUGGAAACCCUGACUUGGCUGCAGGAAUUCUCCUGGGUUACGUCUUUCUGGGGCUCGCCAGCUACAUCUGGGCCUUCUGGUCCCACCGCAGCAAGCUCAGAGCUUUUAAAGAAGCCAUCUUCUCGCCCUGCUCGGGGCAACAGGGCACCCUCAGUGGCUUUCAAAACGCCUACCGGUACCUUCCCGUUGUGUUCUUUGUGGAUAUUCUGAAUGCAGUCACGGCGAUCAUUUGGGGGAUCGAGUUGGCCGGAUUCAGAUGCAGCUCUCUCGCCACUUGUGAUUACGUCGCCAUUGUGUGGGAACUCUCGAGAUCCUUUGGAGUGAUUUUCCAUCUUAUGAAUGCUUCGUUGUGCGUCCGUUUGCUGUACAACCCACAUUUGAAAGUCCAUUUUGGCGUUGUUUACAUAUCGUCUGUUUUGCUCCUCUGUGUGUAUAUCCCUUUGUAUAUAUUCAUUGGCCAGUGGCCAAUAUAUGUGUUAGCAGCUACCACCUUUGCAUUGGCUUUGACCAUCAUUAUAAAUUCUCUGAAGUCAAACACGGUGCCUUCUGCUGCCGCUCACAAGAAACGGAUUGUGUUUGUCGCCAUGCUCACAUUCUGUAUUGUCUUCCUCCCGACUUUUAUUUCCUGGUGCCUAGUUGCAAGUGAUGCCCACAAUGGAAUAAUUAAUUCUAAUUAUGUUAUAUCGUAUUUGAAUUGUCUGUUCUUCACAAGUGUUCAACUCUCAUUGAAUGGACUCCUGUGUUAUUUUAUCCUGGGGGUGCCAAUUGAAGGGGAAGAACCACAACAGGAGCAACCGCAACAACACCAGAAUUUCGGAAACCAGAACUAUGACAUAAGGGCGUCGUAGUUGGGA